GUGUGACGUCACGUCACGUCACGUCACACACGACAACAAACUUUCGUUUUAACACAUUUUUUUUAUUUUUAUUUCAGUGAAUAUUCCUUCGUGCUGAAAAAAAUGGGAUGUUGCCAGUCCUCUCCCGAUGAAGAAGACGAGAGACGUCGACUGGUUCAAACUCAAACUGUGAGGUCUCCAUCAGCACUUCAACCUCAAACUGUGAGGUCUCCAUCAGCACUUCAACCUCAAUCUGUGAGGUCUCCAUCAGCACUUCAACCUCAAUCUGUGAGGUCUCCAUGCUCAGCUGCUAAAGCAGACACCGUUCAGAGGACAGGCAGAUUUACUGCCCGGCAUGUUGGUGUGCCCGACCUCGACCAGCGCUUCACGGAUGUUGCGGAAACGUUCAACAAACAGCAAGAGAACUAUAAUAACAUGAAAGAAAAGCUUCAGACUAUCGCGAGCCGGUACAACUGCCAGACUAAUGACAGCCUGUCACAAUCCCUGGAGAGAAUCAAAGAGGAACAUGAUCAACAUCAUAUCAGUCUGGAGGUUAAAGGUUACGACUUCCUACUAGUGGUGAGGCCAGAAGCCGAAAUUCCGGAGAAACUGAAGCGGACGCAAGAGAACAUCGGGGAGUUGAGUAAAGCCGCCAAGGCCGUCAUAUCUGUCGGCACAAAACUCAACGAGAUGAUCGACUCUCUUCUGAAGGCCAAGGAGAACAUGACCAAACAGAUUGAAGAUGCCGAAUCCCAACACCAGGAGCGGAAGAGGCUGGAAGACAACCUGAAGGAAAACAUCAGAGAGGCCAAAAGAGCAAAAGAACUGAGUCCAAAGUACAAGGAUGAGGCUGGAGAACUUCUGAAGGAGGUGGCUCGGCUGUCUGGGAUCACUCCGUGAUUUGGGCUGCUGUGUCCCUUACGGCACUAAUAACUACUUGCAGAUAUGGUGGUUAAAACAGGUUAAAGAUUGUUUUUUUUUUUUUAGAAUAACUGUUUAUUAUUCUAAUUUUAUUUUGAACAAACAUGGAAUGUAUUUACAGUGUUCUAAUUUUUUUAAACAAUGAACUGAAACAUUUUGUAAAGCAGAAAACCUUUUAAAUAAAUACACAGUAUUUACUCUGUAUAUUUCUGUUUACCAGAACACUAAACUGCUGUUUUAAUGAUGUCGUUUAAAGGGUAUUAAUUGCUGUUUAGUUUCGAAAAGCACUUGCAUUGUUCAGAAUUGGUCCUCAUUGGCUCUUCCUGGUGUUAAUGUGAAUAUUUGAAUAUUGAUCGAUGACAGAUUGGAGCUUGAGCCCACUGCUUUUAGAAGAAUUAUUCCAUAUUUGAAUAUUUUGUAGUCGAAAAAUUGUUUUUGUUAGAAUCAUACCAGUGCACCUGUUAAAUA